AUGGCUACUUGUCCCAAAACUCUACGGCUACUCGCUCUGGUGGAGGAGAUCAGAUCUUCAAUCGAGAGUAAUGAUGCCAGCAAUGCGGCUGCACGAUCUGGUCUAUUGAUGAAAAUUACGAAUUUAAGAGACGCAGUCGAGGCUCCGCAAGACUCUCUUCUACGAAUAUAUGCCCAGCCGUUGCAGAAUGCCGCACUAAGGGUAGCUGUUGAACUGGGCUUGCCCAAAAUCAUUUCUACAGCAAAUUCGCCGAUCCCUGAGAUAGGGAUCAGUCUCGCGCAACUAGCUGGGAGGUCUCACGGUGAUCCAAGGUUGAUUGCACGCCUUAUGAGAGUACUAACAGCCAUGGGCAUCUGCGUCGAGGUUGGGCCAGAACGCUAUAUGUCCAACCCCUUGAAUGAGGUUAUAUUGCAACCGGGGUACACGGCUGGUGUCAGGUUCCAUUUUGAUAUCGAGAUUCCUGCCAUUAUAAAAUUGAUUCCAUGCUUGGACAAGAAUGCAUUCCAAAACCCAGUUGAUGCGUCGCAAUCUGCUUUCGAUUACGCGUUCGGUGCUUCCUUCUUCGAAUGGAUGAAAGAAAAUCCAGCUACACUCCGCUGUUUUGAAUUGUAUAUGGCUGGACGCCGAGUCGGAAAAGCGAGCUGGCUCGACUACUAUCCCGUAGAGGAACGUCUUGUGGAGGGUACGAGCGUAGAGAAUGUGAUCUUCAUGGUCGACAUCGGAGGCGGUCAGGGUCAUGAUCUUAAGAGCUUAAGUGAUAGAUACGGCGACAAAGGUCUACCAGGACGGUUGAUACUACAAGAUUUGGUGGCAGGCACCCGAGAAAUUAGCGCUACGAGCUUUGAAUCCAUGGUUCACAACUUCUUCGAACCGCAGCCAGUCAAAGGUGCCCGGGUCUAUCACCUCCGAGCGAUUCUCCACGACUGGCCCACUGCCAUAUGCCGCACCAUUCUCUCCCACAUCGCUGACGCCAUGACCCCAAAUUACUCGAAACUCAUCAUCCGUGAGUUCAUCCUUCCCGAUACCAAUGUGCCACUCUACACCGCCUGUACAGAUGUCCGAAUGAUGCUCUUACAUGCCGGACUGGAACGGACAAAAAGCCAAUGGAUAAAGCUUUUAAGCGAGGUUGGGCUAGAGCUAGGAGGGGUUUGGACUGCGGAAAGAGGUGGGGAGGGUGUCAUUGAGGCAUUCAAGAGCGCCGAAGCCCAGGAAUAG